GUCACUGUACAUAGCUUUCAGAAAAUAAUGAACAUUGUAUUAGGAAUUGGAAACGUUACUACACGUCUAUUCGCAUCGGCUUUUCCAUAAAAUCCUUCUAUUAAUGGCGCGUAGCAUUAUGUUAAAAAGAAUUGCGUGAAAUUUUAACAAUUUACUACAACUACGUAGUGAAAUCUUAAUGAAAUUAAUUCAGUUAAAUGAGUUACAUUUUCAUACGUAUAUCAAUAUCGUUUUUUUCUCUACUUUUUAUUGUACAAAGAAAUUAGUCGGCGUUGAAAUACCCCGAAGAGUUCCAAUAAUUUGUAAACACUUAUAAUGAUGAUAAAAAAGAAAAAAGAUAUGUGAUUUGUAAAAUAUGUAUGUAUAAAAAUGACAGUUCUGAUUUCUGAGAAAUGGUAAAUUAAGUUGUAACUGAAAUCUUACAAGUAUAGCGUUUGAUGGUGUUUGAAAGAAAAUGAAAUCCGAUUAAAACGAAAUUUAAGUUGGCGUAAUUCUUAGUUCAUAAACGCACGUACAUAAAGUACGUGAAAUUCUGCAUUUAUAUUUUUAUAACAGAAUACAUUUGUUAUGUUAAUACAUUUUUUCAUACCAUGGAUUCUGAAAAUUCUAUCAUGCUAGAAUCAUGUGAAGAGGAUUCACUUUUGAUUCAAACUGUAAAGAGCAUGGUGACUGAAAAUACCCAUACCGAAUUGGAAAGCGAGGAAGGAUUUUUUGUAGUGACAAAUGUUCAAGACGAACAACAAAAUGUGAUUGAAGUUUCAAACGAGGAAUCAACUGUAACACAGUCCGAAGAACGAUUGUCUUGGUCUAAUUUGUGCAGAGUAUGCGCUAAUACCAAUGAUCACAUAAUUCCAAUAUUUGAAGGAGAAGGAUUACAACAUGAUUUGUGUAACAAAAUACAUAAAUAUCUACCGAUACAGGUAUCUGAAAAUGAUACACUUCCAUUACAAUUAUGUUAUCAUUGUGCUGCUACAUUAUUAGCAUGGCACGAGCUAUCAGAAGGAUGUUUGAACGCGGAAAGAAGAUUGCUGGAAAUGCAAGAUGCUUUACAAGAAAAACAAAGUUUAGAAAAAUUGGAGGCUUCUACACAGGAGGAUACUACAGCUAUAUCUAAUGUAACAGAAUCUCUUCAUCAGCCACAAGAUACCGUAGUAAAGGAUGAAGUUUCAGAAGAAUCAUCUGUUAAUGAUUCGGACAGGUGGAAGACCGACACUGACGAGAUCGUACAAAUGCCUACAGUCGAUAGCGAAAGUACAAACGCUGAGGAGGUAGAAUACAUCCAAUGCGCUCAAUGCGAUGUCGUCUUCGUAAACAUGAAAUAUUUCAUAGAUCAUAUGAACGCCGAGCACGAGACUCAGAUGCAUUACUGUCAGUAUUGCAAGCUCGUGUACAACGGUCAGCAGAAAGAUUUCGAGGAACACAUAUCGAUGCACAAUUCUGAUAAUCAAAAUUCAAAGUUCAUCUCUGAAAAUAAAACUGUGGAAUGCAUGAACGAAACAAAGAAGGGCGAUGAGGUGUUCGAUGGAAAUAUAAUUGAUACAGAACAGUUUUCAAGUUACACAUGCAAUUUAUGCGAGAGAAGUUUCACGAAGAAAUCUGAAUUAAAGAAACACAUAAACAGACAUUCCGACGUGAACAGAAUCCAAAAUCCAGAAGAAACGGAACUCGUAAAUAAAGCUAAGCAAAUAAUCAACGAUCGUGUCUCGUACAAGUGUGACACGUGUAAAAAGAUCAUAUUCACGAAACGUGGAUUUUUACGGCAUAUUCGUGUCCAUUCUGAUAAACGACCUUGCAGAUGCGACUUGUGCGGGAAAUCAUAUCGAAUCGAACAAGAUCUAGCUAGACAUAUAAGGGACGUUCACGAAGGAUUGAAGAAGUACGCCUGCGACAUUUGCGGCCGUGCGUUCGCGAAUAAAGGAGCUAAAGAUGAUCACCGAAGGAUUCACACCGGCGAACGUCCGUACGCUUGCGAACAUUGCCCAAAAAUGUUUCGUACAUUGAAUUCGAUUUAUAUUCAUAAUCGUGUACAUACGGAUUAUAAGCCACACAAAUGUUCGUACUGUGGAAAACAUUUCAGAAGCAGGCAAAGAUUAACUCAUCACGAGACUACGCAUACCGGUAUCAAAGCUUUCGCGUGCGAAAUUUGUGGUAAAACAUUUUCUGUUAAGGGAGAAGUCGUUAGACAUCGGGCUAUACACAACGAUGAGAAACCGUUUGAUUGUAAAUGCGGUAUGAAAUUCGGUCAGAAAAGAUACUUAAGAAAUCAUAUAAAGCAACAUCACAAAGAAGCGUCCUCUUGGUUGUUGGCGGAAUUAUUAGGGAAUAAUAAUUAAAGCGCGGGUCGUUAAAGAUAACUUUGCCUUAAAUACUUUUGUACGAAUAUUAUGCGGGAUAAGCUGUACAGUUAGGAUACGUAAAUUUUAUUUGUUAUAUGAUUUUUGUAUCGCAAAGAAAUAUUAUAAAUUGAAAAUUGAUACUAAUACAUUGUAUUAAAUACCUGUCUCUGUUACACUUAACGAAGCUCUAUAAUGAAUCAAUUAUACGAAACAAUUAAAAAUCAGUCUAUUAAUGUCCAUUAUUCAAUUACUUUGAUAAAAUUUGGGAUUAUUCUUUAAUGCAUAUGAAAUACAAAAAUAUAUUGAAGACAGUUAUAAGGGAAUUUU